AUGGCGGCCGCUGUGAACGUGUUUUAUUUCGUGUCGUCUGUAGUUUGUUUUUUCUGUCUCACCAUAGCGGAAUUAUACAGCGAAGAAGACGCAGUAGUACGACUCGAGGCUGCCACACUGAACAGAACUAUUUACAAUGUACCGAAUUUGUUUAUAGUCGAGUUUUACUCCAGUUGGUGUGGACACUGUAUCAACUUCGCUCCGACAUGGAAAGCUCUGGCCAGAGACACCGAAGACUGGGCAGAAGUUAUCCAGCUGGCAGCUCUGGACUGUGCUGACAGUAAAAACCUGCCGACAUGUAGACAAUAUGACAUCAAAGGAUAUCCUACCAUCAAGGUGUUCCAACCUUUCACACAGAACACAAGUAACAUUGGAAAACCCCUCAAAGGAAGUAGAGCAUCAGACAAGUUGGUCCAUGCCAUGGUGGAUGAAAUAGAGCAUCAGUCUCAACUGAACAAACCUCAGCAUUGGCCAGACCUCCAGCCUUCACACUCAAGUGAGGUGUUGGAGUUUUUCCAGAGAUGGAAGAAUGUGGAAUAUCUUGCACUGGUGUUUGAAGGCAAUGACUCGUAUGUAGGAAGACAGGUUAUUCUUGAUAUGGCAAAAUAUAAUAACAUCAUGGUCAGACGUGUCCUGAAAAAUGAGGAACUGCUGAUGAAGAAGUUUGCUGUGGAAGCCAUUCCCUCACUGUAUGUGAUGUACAGAAAUGGGUCUGCUAUACAAUUAGCCAGGGGAGGAGAGACAAGGUUUGACUUCAGACUGGCACUCAAGAAGCUGCCAAACCUGGACAGGACCCAGAGACAAGAAGACCAGCUCAUACUGCACCCCCCUGUACCUGUACCAGUACAGGAGACAACUACUGUAGCAAGAAUACCCACCAUGGCCAGUGUUAACAGGUCUGCAGUCCACAUGACAGACCUGUUGUCAGCCCUGACGUACUCCUUUAAACAGGAGAUAGCAGGACGACAGGUGUUGGAAGGGCAGACUUUACAGGCAGUCAAGGACUUUGUCCAUGUCCUAGCCAAGUACUUUCCAGGACCACCAGGGGUCUCUACAUUCCUACACAACAUCAACACAAGGCUGCAGCAAAUCAAGGCCAAGAUGACGUACAAAGAGUGGGCACAGAUGUUAGAUGAACAGGAGGCUGUGAGUGCCCUGCUGGGUGAGGUGAGGUGGGUGGAGUGUCGGGGUAGUCAGCCCCACGGCAGGGGUUACUCCUGUUCACUGUGGCUGCUGUUCCACACCCUGACUGUACAGCAGGCAGCUCACACAGAUGGUACCCAGAAUCCCCUGGGCGUCCUGCUGGCCAUGCGAGGUUACAUCACCACUCUGUUUGGCUGCCAGGAAUGUGGGAAGAACUUCCAGAAAGAAGCUAUCUCCAUGGAAACCGAGGUGGCUACCCCGGAAGACGCCAUCUUGUGGCUGUGGAGGACGCACAACCGUGUGAACAGGCGGCUUCACGGGGACCUGAGCGAGGAUCCACAGUUUCCCAAGGUGCAGUUCCCUCCACCAUCGCUCUGUCCAUCCUGUCAUCUGCCAUCACAGAAGGACUCAGAGCCUGUGUGGGAUGAAACACAAGUCCUGCAGUUCCUCAAAAGACGUUACGGCUCAGAAAACGCUAUAUACGAUCACCCCAGCCCUCAGGGGAAAGAUUUAGUCCCCCAUUUCCACGUCCAGCCGUCCGCGGUGCAACAGUCGGACUCUGAGGAACUUCACAAGCAAACCUCCCAGGACAGGUUGGUGGGACUCCAUGUGAAGGAUUUACAGGGUCGGCUGCAGAGAAGGCACGAUCCCAACUUUGGUGUCAAAAUAGAAAAACUGGCAGGAAAGGAAAACGGACUGAAUGCGUCAAGUUGGGGUUUCUCCAACCUGGACAUCAGUAUGUGUGUGAUGUUGUAUGUCCUGUCAUCUGGACUAGUCGUGGGUCUGUAUGUCAUGUUUAUUGUCAAAAGACGGCGCAGAAGAAGAACACCACUAGUUUAAGAAAUAAAUUAGAAAGAAAUUACAAGCUCCUGCCUUCACGUCUCAAAGAUGCUCCACGCCAGAAUGAUUCUAUGGUGCUUCUUUGUAACGACUGCAGUACAGCUUGCUUCUUUUGUUGCAAACAGAACAUUUUAGCUUAUUAACGCAGUAUG